GCGAUCCGUCCUGCAGACCGCGGUGCCUGGCAACAGAAAGAGACGUGAUGACGUCCACCCCAGAUUGCGUAUUAUGGGAUGUGCGGAAUUAAACAACCCGAAGGAAGACAAGGGGAAGCCAAAAAUAUUAAAAAAGAGACAGAAAUAAAGGCGGUGCAUGGUGAGCCAUGGAGCUGUCGGCUGUCGGUGAAAGCGUCUUUGCAGCCGAGUCCAUCAUUAAACGGAGGAUCAGACGGGGUCGCUGGGAAUAUCUCGUAAAAUGGAAGGGCUGGUCUCAGAAGUACAGCACCUGGGAGCCGGAGGAAAACAUUCUGGACGCACGCCUCUUCGCUGCCUUCGAGGAGAGGGAACGUGAACGAGAGAUGUUCGGCCCCAAAAAGAGGGGACCCAAACCUGAGACAUUUCUCUUGAAGGCCAAAGCCAAAGCCAAAGAGAAGACGUAUGACUUUAGAAGAGAGGCGGCCAGAGGCAUGCAGGUUUCCUAUCCCAUCCCGGAGCCCGUGGUGACCCCGAGGGCCCGGGAGGGUUUACGCACCGUGGUUCCCACAAUCUUCCCUCCGAGCGCGGUGAACCGAGGAGAGAGUAUCCCCGUCCGACCGCCGGAGCCGGAGAGGAGGCCCCGGCUGCCUCCACCGGCUGACCUGAUGGUCCACGACACCGUGCAUUACCCCAAAAAGAGAGGACGCAAGCCCAAGAUGCAGCUGCACUAUGACCACGACAAGGGGGGCGGCUCGGCCGAGCCGGAGGCCAAACGGAGCAGGCUGCUGGAGGGUCAGGGGUCACACGGCCUGUCCAAACCGUCCCGCCCAGUGCACUACCACGGAGAGCCGUCGGAUCGCAGCCUCCUGCAGCUGACCAGGAGGUUUCAGGAGGAGACCACAAUAACGCCCAAGUCCAGGCACAUGGGGGGCUACGCCUGCGCUUACAGGCCAGACGUGCACAAAGGCGUGCAGGGAGGACACAGGACUUACAGUGUGAGCAGGAUGUCUAUUCCCCACAGCAGCCAUCAGGCGAAAAUGUACUGUCCUCCUCGGGAUCAACCAUCGGCGUCCUUGCAGUCCGUCCACGAAGCAUCCACGCAGAGGGUCUCGUCCUGGAGGCCGAGCUUCGCCAACAUGGACACGGUGACGGUGACGGACGUCACCUCGAACUUUCUGACAGUCACCAUCAGAGAGAGCAGCACAGACAAAGGCUUCUUCAGAGAGAAGAGAUGAGGACUCCAUGGACUUCAGAGGAGGAUAUUAUAAUAGACACAAGCGCAGAUAAUUGUUUAACACUCUACUAACAAGUCUACUAUAAUGCUAUAUUUUUUGUAUGUAACUUUCAAAUGUACACAUUCAGAUAUUUAAUAUGCUGAAAAGAAAAUUAAAAAAUGAACGUGUUUAUGUCAGUU